ACAGCUCCGGAAACGCGCCGCGGGGCUGCUGGGCUCUGCUGGUUGCGGGCGGCGGAUCCGUGGUGCUUCCUGCCACGCCGGGCCUGCUUGGGCCGCGCCACCUCGCCUCUGCCGAGGGCUACGCUGUAGCCAACACCGGGCCUGGGUGGGAUCUUACCUGCUGGACCUCUCCCUUGGAAGUGUUCUGAGACGUGAUGAGUUAUCCCUGUGUGUCUCUUUUGGCUCCACCUGCUCCCCAAGGUCUUGCCCUUCCCCAGGAUGGAGCCCCGGGAAACCAGGUCCUGGCAGUCCCUCUUGAGAUGCCGGAGGCCCAGGACUUGGUGCCGCCUGAUGAUUCAGUGCAGGACCUCACAGCAAGGAAGUGGUUGAAACUGGUCCCUGAACAGAGGACACUGGCUUACUACGGGAACGUGACCUCUGUGGCAGGAGUGCCCGUUUUGGAUCCUACCUUGGUCUCCCACCUGGCACAAGGACAAGUGCUGCUGGUGUCAGACCCAUCCCUCAGCGCAGAUCAAGCUAAGCCCCCUGAGAGCACCUCUGUAACCUGCCACCAGGCAAUGGGUGAAGAAACCCAGCCACAAGAGAUGGCAUCCGUGAGCACGCCCAGGGCCAGUGACCCCAGCGCUGCGGGGAGGGGAGGGAGCCCGCAGGAUCCACCCAUACAACACCACUUUGCCUGUAAAGAGUGCGGUGAUGCCUUCCGGCUGAAAGUGCUGCUCGUGCAGCACCAGAGAGUUCACAGCAAGCAGAAGGGGUGGGAGUGUGGCGACUGCAGGAAGGUCUUCAGGGGGGCGGCUGAGUUCAACGAGCACAGGAAGAGCCACGUGGCUGCCGUGGCUGCGGUGGCUGCCGAGGCUGCCAAGGCUGCCGCUGAGCCCCGGCCCGGCCCCAGUCAUGCCCUGGAGGGCACUGCAGCCAGGAAGAGGGAGCAGCUGGAGGAGGAGGCGGCCAUGCCCUUCGAGUGCGAGGAGUGCGGGAAGAGGUUUAAGAAGAACGCAGGCCUGAGCCAGCACCUGCGGGUGCACAGCCGGGAGAAGCCCUUCGACUGUGAGGAGUGCGGGCGCUCCUUCGCGGCGCACAACCACCUCUUCCGGCACCAGAAGCUGCAUGUGGCUGAGAAGCCCUUGGCAUGCAACGCGUGCAGCAGGGAUUUCCUGGAUCGCCAAGAGCUGCUCAAGCACCAGCGCGUGCACACGGGCCACCUGCCCUUCGACUGCGACGACUGUGGCAAGUCCUUCCGUGCCGUCAACGGGCUGGCGGAGCACCAGCGCAUCCACAGCGGCGCCAAGCCCUACGGCUGUCUGCACUGCGGCAAGCUCUUCCGGAGGAGCUCGGAGCUCACCAAGCACAGGCGCAUCCACACCGGUGAGAAGCCCUACGAGUGCGGCGAGUGUGGCAAGGCCUUCCGCCAGAGCUCCAGCCUGCUGGAGCACGCGCGCAUCCACAGCGGCGAGCGGCCCUACGUGUGCGACGAGUGUGGCAAGGCCUUCCGUGGCCCCUCCGAUCUCAUCAAGCACCGGCGCAUCCACAGCGGUCUCAAGCCCUAUGAGUGUGACAAGUGCGGCAAAGCCUUCCGCAGGAGCUCUGGCCUGAGCCGCCACCGGCGCAUCCACAGCGGGGCCAGGCGCUGUGAGUGUGGCGAGUGUGGCCGCGUGUUCAAGAGGCGCUCGGCGCUGCAGAAGCAUCAGCCCAGCCACCAGGAGUAGGGGACAGUCCCCAGCGGCUGAUGGCAGAGUCAAAGGAGAUGAACAAUUUUGUAGCGCUUAUCUAUUUUAUCGUCUGAAAGGUUGAACCGAUUCCUACCGCCACCAGCACUUUCUAAGUGUCCGUGUUUCCCAUUACGCUCAUCCGGAGUAGCUCUUCCCAUGUUAACCUAGUUCUGCAAGUUUACCUGGCACCGGGUGCCUGCAAGGUAAUUCAGUCCUCACGCCUUGAGUGACAAGAGACAGGCGGCUGGGGAUGCUGGGAGGCCGUCUACGCCAAGGCUCUGUUCCACGGGAAACAGAGGAUGGCGUGGGUACAAUGCAAUCCCACCGCUCCCCAAGAAACAAGAGUGCCCUAAAAGUUUUUGGCCUACUUGAAUUUAUAAAUUUUUAGGGAUGUAAAUAGAAUACUCAUGUCUUAUAACAUUUAAUUUAUUAACUUAGUUAUACAUACAUAUUGUACAUCACAUAUUAUACAUCACAUAUGAUAUUUUAAUAUAUUAAUAUAGAAAAUACUCCUUUUCUUGCCACGCCCUGUCCCCUGAAUGGUUUUAUUCUAACAACUUAUACAUGGUGAUCCCUAUCGCUUCCCCAACACAAGAACCCUUUCGGUCCCCAGUCUUGGCACAACUGGUCACUUCUAUCCGAGCUUUGCGUGGCAACACUGUGACAAUCCUCACAUAAGGCUCCAGCCAAAAAUUUCAUCCCAAGCCAUAAGAACACAUUCGUAUAACAUUAGAACUGUUUUCGGUGUGUUUAACUAGGCCCAAAGCUCUGCAACAUAACCACUUAGGGUGGUGCUUUUUCAAAUGACCUUUCAAAAGGCUGGGUUUCUUUUUGUUGUGGUGGUUGUUUUGGUUUUUGUUUUUUAUUAGCAUUUAAUCCAUCGUUCUGAGAUCAUACUCCUGUAAAACUUAAUCUAGGUUAAAUGUUUUUUGCCUCUUUUUCCUUAAUCCAAUUCAAUCUGGUGACUCCUGGACCUGCCAAAAAGAAACAUUACUUGGUGGUGUUCAGCCUGAUGGGUCUCAUCCUCACCCAGCACCACUGUGUUCCAAAUGAAGUGGGUGAGAAAGGGGCCCCAGAUAGGAGGAUGUCUCCAGACGCAAGGGUAAGGUGGCACCUUCUUGAUAGGACCAAGAGCCUCUUCUGGUAUCGGGCCUCCAUGGUACUUCUCCAAGCCUCUGGCUUACAGCUCUGCUAAAGGGGACAAUCCCAGUACCUACCUCCCCAGGGUGUCAGAAGGGUAAGGGCAGCGCCUGCCCCGGGUGAAGGUACACACCCAGUCAAGGUCAUCUGCUGUCGUACUCAUAGUUUGUGCUGUCGUUCUGCAGCUCGUUAAUGCCACCUUCGAGGAUGGACCCCAGGCCUCCUGACUACUAGUGUCGCCUUUUCUUUAUGAACAACUUAAAUGCUACUUCUGUUUUCUUGCAUGCGAUUGUAUGUUCAUCUCCUUUGACUGGUUAUCAAAUUACCUUUGGAUAUAUUGACUUUAUAUAUCAAUUUUUCUAUAUCAGUUGUGAUGUUCUCUUUUCCAGUUCUAUUGCUUUACUCUUUAUAGCACUUUUUAUUACAGUUUUGUUGUGCAAGCUUGUGAUUUUUACAUAUCCCGGCAUUUGUUUUGUAGGUUGUAACUUUCAUUGCUUCGGUACUUAGAUAUGAUGAUAUUUUCUUCUAGAAUCUUAAUUACAAACAAAAAGUUGAAAUCCUGCCCACCGGAAGGUGAUUGCACCAGGUGGGUGGGUCAGGUAGGAAUGGGCCCGAGGAGCAGGCCCAUUCUGCAAUUAGAUGCAGACUCUGCAUAUAUCUGUGGGCAGCACUUGACUAUCCAACCCAGUCACUGAGGCACACUAGAGAUAAGUCUCUCACGGAUUCCGCAGAGCACUCUGACUGCUCGUGGGGACGGCCCCGGCCACCAGCAGCGGGGGUUGGCCUCACCUGGACCAACAGGAUGGUACACGCCGGGUCUGGCAGCAGUCAGCCCACCCCCGAGCUCCUGGGAGCCUUGGCAGUGGACUCAGUGGAGCAGCAAAUCCACCCAGCAGCAUCUCCUCAGACACAGGAAGACUCGCCUGACUGAUCUUCCUCCCAGCAAGUGACUGCAAUGAGAAAGGUCAAUUUGGUGGCCUCUUUGGGCAGCUAAGGAGCUAUUUGCCCACUUGUGCUGCUGUCAGCUUCCAAAGCCACGCCUAAGAUGAGUGACAGAACAAAGCUUUGGAGAGGAACUAUGUCUCUCUCAUGGCCUGUGUGUCAUGGGACAGAGCUGGCUACGCAAGGGCAGACUGCAGGAUGCAGUGGCCAUGCCCGAGAGGGGCAGUAAAGCAAGGGAAAGGAGAGCAUCAGGCGCUUCUGGUGGCUCUGAGGAAUGGAAAUAGGAGCUGUCCAUCCUGGGCCAGGCGUCAUUGGUGGCAGCCUCCUCCGGGAAGAACAGCAGCGAGGGCUGGCCAGGAAGCUGGCCAUGCCAGGCCUGUGGCAUCACCUCCAAGCAGCUGUGCCCUGGGGGCACUGGAGGCCAAGGCCUUCAGUAGAAGUGCAGGCACAGCCAGAAAGGGCCUCCUAGGGCCCCUUCUUGGGAAACAAGGUCUGACAGUGAUCCCUGUGACCUUGGCUAGAAGGACCUCCCCAGUGGCCCCAGGCCACAACUAUGACCCUAUGGGACAUCUCCAUCCCGACCUCCAGGCUGGAGAGAAUCCAACAGCACCUCUUACAUAGCAAUUCCCUUUGCUCUGGAUGCCAUUCUUCCAGUGGUUGUGAAUCUGAACUCACUGCCUUCUAAAUCAGUUUUCUCUUUUCAAGCUAUCAGGGCGUGAUUUGUACAGCUGUCAUUAAAUAAGGAAUGUUGACAUGCACUAGGCCCAAUUCUGGGUACCUUUACCGUUUCUUUGACCAUUCAAUUGAGCAUUUGUCCAGCUGGAUCUGCAGGAUUCCACUGAAGUCUAGGUUGACAUUAACUCAGCCUGUAGCAUAGAGGUCACUGCUCCCCCCAGGACAUGGCACCUUGACUUCCCUUCUUGCCCUCCUUGGUACUUUUUUCUACCUGGUACUUUGUUCUAGUUUUGAUUCUGUAAUUUUCUCUUGAACAAGUUCUUGUUUAAAGGUAACAUUAAGGAUUGUGUCUUCUCCUUUACCGUUGACAUAGCGGCUUUCCGUGGCAUGGACGGUGAAAUCCACUUUCUCCCAACACAAUGGGCAUGUGGCUUCACCCGGUGGCUCACGGUUUCACUGCUUCAUCUGCCACCUCAUGCACCAAGGAGGUGAAUUUCCUUGGAUUCUCCGGGGACAUUGCUCUGUCGGGGCAGGCACAAGCAGCUGUCCUGUUGUUUGUCUAUGCGUUCGUAUAUCUACCUCACUUCUUUUCUAACCACACGUAUUCCUAUUGCAAGGGAAGUGGAGAGAAGCUGGGUUACGUGGGAUUCUGGCUGGUGAUAGAAGUAUAUUCCUUCUUAUCAUAGUAAGAGAAAAAUAUUCCAUUGCUUUUAUUAACCUUUUGGAUACUUGCUGAAAUUUUCAAAAGAAAGGAAUUCUUUACCAUUUUUACUGUUUCCUGUGUAACCCUCGUGGAAUAACCCUACCUGGCCAUAUCUUUCUCCCAUGGUAUUUGCAUUUAAUGUACUUAGUUUUGUGGCCACAGUGACUAGGUGCAGUGUCUGCUGUGACCCUAUGGCUCACCACUCCCCUUCUGGGCUGCAUUAAUUAAAACAGGAUGGAACACCCAACCCAAGGGCAGCCGAAGUCUCCAGAGCUGGCUGGAGAUGAUGCCCCUCAUCUUUCAAGUCAGAGGAAAGCAAGCGAGGAAACGGGCAUUUGCAGUUGGUUGACAGGGGGCCGCACUCACAGGAUGUAGAACAGUUGGUGAAGAUCUGUGGGCUUGUGCCAGGCCUCCCAGCACCCCAAGGGGGGCCCGACUGCGUUGUGCUCUUAGACUGCCGGCAACUGCCUGUGGCAGUCCACGUGUGUGCCCAGCAAGGACCUGCCCCUUGACUUGAGCCAGCUUAAGUCUCUGCUUUUGCAGUUUGUCUCGGAGCCAAUUACAUUGGCUAUUUGGCUGCUCUGUGAGAAGAAGCACGCUGCUGGCUUUCCUCAAAUUCUCCCAAGCUAGCAGCCCCAGCCCAGGCCCCACCUGACUGUCGUGACACCUGUUUAAUGUGAUACCAUACUGUGUUCACUGCGAUGGGUGAAAAUCUAUGCCUUCUGUGUCGGUGAGUUUCACCAGUGAUUUUCUGUCUGCAAGUUGCUCCUUUCCUGAGCCAGCUCCUUUCCUUUAACCACGUGAUGAGUUCGGCACGGCGCACCCCAUUCUCUCUUCUGGAAGUGUUUCAGUUUCCAGCAAACCCAUCGAUUGGAGAAUUGAUACCGCCUCGCUUAAUAGCGUACUUACAUUGUGUAGUUCUCAUUGCAUCGGUUUGGGGUUUACUUUCAAAACUAGAAGAAGGUCUCUUUACACUUGGCCCUCCACGUUACCUGCACAUCUCUGAGAACAGUAGCUGUGUCCUGCCCCUACUCGUGGACCCUCUUUUGUUGUUCCUCCCGGAUCUCAUGACUUAGUCUGUUUUCUGGCACUCACUUUAAUCAGCCUUGCACUAAAGCUGUUUGUGAACUUGGCCUCUCCUCUCUCCCACUCAACCCUCCCCCACCCGUUAGAUUGUGAGCUCUUAGAAGACAGGGGUGGCCCUCAUGUCUGCUUUCCCUACCAAAUUUAGCACAGUGCCUUGCAUCAAGUAGAUUUCAAUAAAUAUAUGUUAAAUGGC